AUGUCUACCAUCAAUAUCGUCAGAUACUAUUUCCACAAGGCCAACAUUCCUGCAACGGAGCAACGAAUGCGUCAACUCAUCGCACUGGCGUACCAGACAGCAAGGGACAAGGAGCUCUAUCCCAAGGCCCGUAUUUGUCCGGUACGUUCCCCCGUUCACGACACCACCACUAUCAACGGAAGACGCCAAAAAGAUCCUCGCGGUGCCCAUGUAACAUUUAGUUAUAAGACCCAAGACCAGCUGGGCCGCGAAACCCAUAUUGCCUGCCACGGCUACGUCACCGACACAGAGACGCUAGAGUUCAAGGAAGCAACCCACGCAGAGGAGAAGCCCGAUUCGACGAAGAAAGUGUCGGGCAAGGCGGUCUGGCCAAGCGAGGCCUUUCUUUGGGAAGCUCCAGAAAUUGGCUAUGGGCACAUGUCGGAAGAAUAG